AUGGUGAGCUCUUCAAACAGGUACAGACCAGUUGGGCAAGAUGACAUUGGAGACUCGCCAGAAUCUAACGAUUCGUCGGCUUCCUUGGCCGCUGAAGAACUGCCUCCGAACCCACCUGGUUACGUUGAGGAAAUGAGAGAAGGCCAGGAGCCUCAGUUUGAAAUAAUGGACUUUGACGAGGACCCGCUAGCAAGCACCCAGAGUAGAGUCGCACGCCUUAGGCAAAAGUUCAAAAACUGUGUCGUGACCCCUGUGAGGAACAGAAUCGCUGAUCCGCUUGCGGUGUUGAUGUCUAUGGCCUCACACAAAGUUGACUACUACCUCAGUAAAAUCGGGAAUCCGCUGAUACUACGGCGGUUUGUUUAUGUUUUCUUUGCGUCGCUAUUCAUUUACUAUGUGUCCUCAAGCGGGCUUUUGCCUAGUGAGAGAACUACUGGUACCCGAGGGAUGUUUUCCGAUAAAACGCAGUUGAUGUCUUAUGCUAAAAGGGCUUUGGAUCUAUCAAAAAUGGAAAACGAUCUGGAAUACAUUAGCAGUAUGCCUCACAUGGCUGGAACAAAGGGUGACUUUGCAGUUUCCCAAUAUAUAAGAGAAGCGUUUGCGAAUAAUGGGCUCCGUGUGGCUGGAGAUGCAGCUUUCAAAACGUAUCUUAACUACCCUGGGAAUGUGAGCUUGACUGCUUAUGCCAAAUCUGGGGGAAAGUUGAGCCUGGAAUUGAGUGAACAGAAUUUCAACCCUUUGAGCGUUAAAGGUGAAGUCAGAGAGGCUAACCUACUGUAUGCACAUUAUGGUUCGGGAGAAGAUUACCGAAAAUUAAAAGAGGAAAACUUGAUUGACGACAACACAGUAGCCCUGAUUCAUUACAGCAAAAAUGCCGGAGAGCAGGUUGUGGAGGCGCAGGAGGCCGGUAUAAAAGCCAUAUUUUUCAUUUCUGACGGUUACGGCGAAGACCAAAUUGAUAGCAUCCAGCAAAAAUCUGUUCAAAAUUUUCGCUACGACAUGGGGGACCCUUUAUCUCCGGGCUGGACAUCAUCCCUACGAAACAGAAUCGAGCUAAGCGAAUCUCUUAUGGUUCCAAAGAUUCCAACCAUCCCACUUUCUCGGAGACAGGCCGAACAAUUACGGAAAGAAAUGACCAAAGAAGGUGGCAUUAAGUUCGAGGAUGGAUGGUACAGUGGCACUGCGAAUGACCUAAAGAUUGAUUUUUCAUUAGAUCCUGUUGUUAGGCAGGAGCACUUUUCUUGGAGCAUCGCUGGGAGAAUCGAAGGCAGGGAACAAUCAGACAAAGCUAUUAUAAUAAGUUCAGCUCGAGACUCUGCUUGCACAGGGUGCACCUACCCAAACUAUGGGACGGCCGCUUUAUUAUCCUUGGCACAACUGUUUCAGCAGGUAAAAUAUAAAUACGGCUGGAAACCACUGAGGACCAUCUAUUUUAUCUCUUAUGAUGCCUCUCAAUUUGGACACGCGGGUGCCACUGAGCUUCUAGAGUCCGAACUUAUCAAGAUUAAGAAUGAGGUUUACACAGUGCUGGACAUUAGCCAGCUGGGUGUUACCUCCGAUAGUCUUAACCUCGACAUCCAAGCACACCCUCUGCUUUUUGAUUUUUUGAAGGAUGAGGACCUAAAAACGGGCGUUGAUACCGAGAUCAGGACUGUGCAACAAUUUGGCGACUGGAGCGCCUUCCUUGCACACGGUAUCCCUGUGGCAGCGAUAUCAGCGCCUCAUGUACUAGAAAGAAAAUACCCCAUUGAAAGCUGCGAUGACACCUUCGAGCGCCUAAAGCAAUCUAUAAAUGAGGAUUACUGGGAAAAAAGCUCAGAAGUGCUGCUAUAUGUGUUCAAGAUGGCUCUCAAGUUGGCCGACGAGCCUAUGAUUCCUCUAGGAAUUGCGCAGUACAGCGAGACCCUACAGCAGUUGUUGCAGGACCUUCAAGAGAGUGCGGAAGGCUUGGAUGUCGACUUCGAGCAGCUCGGCGAGGGCAUUACUGCUUGGAAACGCAUUGACGAACAAUCCACCAAUUGGGUUCGUGCGUGGAAUAAUAUCGUGAUGGUCGAGAAUGAGGGCAUUGAACCUUCCUUUGUCGCCGUUGAUAGGUGGAAUUGGAACAAGAAAUUAACGCACAUUGGUAUAAGGCACUGUGCGCUCCAAGGCUUGCCGCAUAGGCCAUUCUACAAAAAUGUUCUCUUCGGUCCUACUCUAAAGGACCAAAGUCCGCAUAGCUCAUGGAGUUUUCCAGGUAUCAAAGACGCAAUCUUCGACAGGGAUGCAACUAGAGCACAAGACCAAGCGAACUUAGCGGCGGAAAUUCUGCUAAAAUCAGCAGAAUCGUUUAUAGAGUACGCAGGAAGCACCUAG